UGCAACGCUGUUUCUGCGCUCCGAUGUUUAGUGCGUCUGGUGGCACAGAGAAGUGAAGUUUGCGCGUGCUUUUGUGCGUCCGCGGACCAAACGGCGCGUCUUUUUCCUCCUCCAGACCCGCAGGCACCCCGCGCAGCAGCCACGCCGUGCGUGCCUCGGAGACCAGGAGGAGGGGGAUACUGCAGCUGGUUUCUUCUUUAUUUUGACUGCUUGACACUUCGAGAUUUUUGCAUUUCCCCGAUGGUAACCAACACGUCCCGGCCGGAGACAUGUGGAAUUAUCCUGGCGAACUGCACCGUAUCUUAAUGGUGUGUCUGCUGGUGACGCUGUGCGCACAGGUGUCUCGGUCCACGGGCUACUUCGAGCUGCAGCUGGUCUCCGUGGACAAUCCCAAAGGUCAGCUUUUGAACGGAGACUGCUGCGACGCGGAGAAAAGCGCAGCGGAGGGCUCCUGCGGCCCCGACGAGUGCGACACCUACAUCCGAGUGUGCUUAAAGGAAUACCAAACGGAGGUCAACACCAACGGUCCGUGCACGUACGGCUCGGAAACUACUAAAGUUAUCGGUGGGAAUACUUUUCACUUCAAGAGCGGCCAGAAAACCUCGUCCAACCGGAACAGCGACGCCGGAAAGGUCAUCAUUCCGUUCCAAUUUGCGUGGCCGCGGGCAUACACUUUGAUAGUGGAGGCACGCGACUGGGACAACACAACGCAUAACACCAACGAUGAUGAGCUGUUGAUUGAACGUGGCAUCCAUAAAGGGAUGAUUAACCCUGGGGAGGAAAAGCAGGCUCUGGAGUAUAAAAGCUUAAGCACCCGUCUGGAGUACACCAUCCGUGUGCGCUGCGAUGAACACUACUAUGGCCUCAAGUGCAACAAAGUUUGCCGACCCCGUGAUGACUACUUUGGCCACUAUGUGUGUGACCAGUUUGGGAACAGAGGUUGCAUGGAGGGCUGGACAGGGCCGGAAUGCAAAAUUGCCAUCUGCAAACAAGGAUGCAGCCUCCAACACGGGACGUGCAACAUGCCUGGCGAGUGCAAGUGUAAAUACGGCUGGCAGGGCACAUUCUGUGAUGAGUGCAUGCCCCAUCCCGGUUGUGUCCACGGCACCUGUAACGAGCCCUGGCAGUGCACUUGUGAGAAGAACUGGGGUGGCCUGCUCUGUAAUAAAGAUCUCAACUACUGUGGGACCAACAGGCCUUGUAAGAAUGGAGGAACGUGUAUGAACACAGAGCCAGAUGAGUACAACUGCGCCUGCCCCGACGGAUACUCCGGCAAGAACUGUGAGAUCGCUGAUCAUGCCUGUGUGUCCAACCCCUGUGCGAAUGGAGGGACGUGCCAUGAAGUCACAUCUGGCUUUGAGUGCCACUGUCCGGCAGGCUGGACCGGCCCAACCUGUGCUCAAGAUGUGGAUGAAUGUGCCUCCAGCCCCUGUGCUCACGGUGGGACCUGCAUCGACAUGGUGAACAGCUUCGAGUGCCUCUGCGCCCCUCAAUGGACAGGCAAGACCUGUCAAAGAGACGUUAAUGAAUGUGUUGGGAAGCCUUGCCUCAAUGCUUACUCUUGCAAAAACUUGAUUGGUGGAUAUCACUGUGCCUGCUUUCAUGGAUGGGAGGGCCAGAACUGUGACAUCCAUGUAAAGAGCUGUCGUGGGCAGUGUCAGAAUGGAGGAACCUGCAAGGAGGUGGCCAGAGGCUAUCAGUGUGCUUGCCGCUCGGGUUUCGUUGGCCGACACUGCGAGUUUCAGAGGAACCACUGUUCCAGCAGUCCCUGUCGGAACAGCGGCAGCUGUCACGCCCUGCUGGACGGCUUCGUGUGUGAAUGCCCACAGGGCUUCAGCGGCACAACCUGUGAGGUGCAGACUGACCCCUGUAACCCAAACCCAUGCCACAACAAGGCCCAGUGCCACAGCAUAAUGGGAGGUUUCCAUUGUACCUGCCCAGAAAACUAUGAGGGCAAAACCUGUUCAGAGCUUAAGGACCACUGCAAGACGAACAGGUGUCAAGUGAUUGACAGUUGCACUGUUGCUGUGGCUACCAAUGGCACCCUAAAGAAGGUGCAGCACAUCUCAUCCAAUGUGUGCGGCCCCCAUGGGCACUGUAUCAGCCUGCCUGCUGGGAACUUCAGCUGCUCGUGUGAGCCGGGAUUCACCGGCACCUACUGCCACGAGAACAUUAAUGACUGUGCGUCAUCGCCAUGUAAGAAUGGAGGCACUUGCAUUGAUGGGAUCAACUCCUUCCAGUGUUUCUGCCCAGACGGCUGGGAGGGAGACCUGUGUGAUGACGAUGUGGAUGAGUGCAGUAGGAACCCUUGUCAGAACGGUGGGCACUGUGUGGAUCUGCUCAAUGACUUCAACUGCAAAUGCAUCGACAACUGGAAGGGAAAGACCUGCCAGUCUCGUGAGAGCCAGUGCGACCCCACAACCUGCAGUAACGGAGGGACGUGCUAUGACCAUGGAGACUCCUUCCUGUGUAGCUGCCCCUCAGGUUGGGGAGGUAGCACCUGCAACACGGCCAUGAACAGCACAUGCGAUUUGCAUCCAUGUGAAAAUGAAGGAACAUGUGUUGGAGGAGGAGACGCUUUCACCUGUAUCUGCAAGGACGGCUGGGAGGGACGCACCUGUGCACACAAUGUUAAUGACUGUAAUCCACAUCCUUGCUACAAUGGCGGCAUCUGCGUCGAUGGUGUGAACUGGUUUCGCUGUGAAUGCGCUCCAGGAUUUGCCGGACCGGACUGCCGCAGCAAUAUAGAUGAGUGUCAGUCCUCUCCCUGUGCUGAAGGUUCUACCUGUGUGGAUGAAAUCAAUGGCUACCGCUGUGUUUGUCCUUCGGGAUACACUGGACCUCGCUGCCAAGAGUUCAUGGGUCUCUGGAAGUCCUGUCGUCAUGAUGACCUGCAGUUUCCUCAUGGCAGCCGGUGGGAGGAGGAGUGUAACACCUGUCAGUGUGUCAAUGGCUAUGUUCACUGCUCCAAGGUGUGGUGUGGUCGCCAGCCCUGCCUCCUUCCAAAGGCUUUGCCUUCUCCAGACAUGAACUCCCCAUCCUGUCCUGGAGGCCAGGAGUGUGUGGAGCACCAGUUCCUCACCUGCUUCUCUCAGCCCUGCCACAAGUGGGGUGUUUGUUCAACAUCCGACCCUCGCACAUCGGUACACACCCAGUGUGAACCAAACAGUAGUUACCUAGACAACAACUGUGCCCGCAUGACGCUCAUCUUCAAAAAAGACAAAGUACCCCAGGGCACCACUGUGGAGAACAUCUGUUCUGAGCUCAGGUACCUCCCUGUAACUAAAACACUAGCAGAAGAGAGAGGGUUGCUUAUCCUGUGUGACCUGCCCUACCCCAACAGUGACGCUUUGAACAUUGCCAUGUCCUUUGAGCAGGAUGGGUCAUCCAAAGACCGUGAUCGUGGGCAGAUCCAGAAAGCAGUGAGCGCCAUAAUCAACACAUUGGCCAAACCCCAUAACAGCACCAUCUUGCUGGCUGUGGUGGAGGUCAAAGGGGAAACACAGGUGGAGUCACCACCCAUUGGAUAUCUUGUCCCAGUGCUCUGCGUGGUCUUUGGCCUUCUCUGGAUCUUCUGCAUCGUUCUUUGUGUUUGGUGGACACGCAAGAGGAAGAAAGAGCGUGAGAGAGCAUCCCAGUCCGAGGACAUGAGAGUCAACAACCAGCUGCGGAGCCACACCCACAAGGACAACCGCAAAAAAGACAUUCAAUACGAAUGCAAGAAACUGAUGGGCUCCUCUGACAGGACGUGUGACGGAGCCGAGGCUGAGGAGGAAGGCGAGCAGGAGGAAGAUGAGGAGAGGGCACUGGGACAGGUGGAGAAGUGUCCUGCCCAAAAGUCUUCCAUGGAGGAGGCUCAGGACACAGGGAUGAUUGUUAAAGUAGGGGUCAUCUGCACGACGCACAGCGGGCCGGUGAAGGACCCGCACCGGACAGCGUACAGCCCCAAAGACAACCGGUGUAAAAACCUGAACGCCGCCAAGCUGAGUGAGGACGUGAAAGACCAUUACGUAUGAGGGAACGUCCUGGAUCUCAAAGCAUAAAAAAGCAAUGUCAUCAAUGUCACGGAACCUUUAAAGCACCAAGUGAAGAUUUCAGAAGCUUUAAUUUUCUAUAAUUGUUUGAUCCAUGCCGUGUUCUACUGCAGCACCGAGGCUUCUUAUUACCAAAAAAAACCAACCAAACAACAACAACAACAACAAAGGCUUAGAAAAUAGUAGUGUGCAGCUUCUGGAUUUCUUCUAUUAUCGUCACAUUGGAACCAAGAACUACUCUCUUGUCACAGCUUCCAGUUUUUUUGUUUUGUUUUUUGUUCGACUUUGCCUCAGCAUCAAUAACGUUCACUGACUCUCUGACUGGCAGCUGGUAUCUUUUUCUACCCUUCAGUGCGUUCAGUUCCUGCUUGCCUUAGCCCAAAGCCGUGGGCCUUUUCUACUCUGCCUUGAUGCAUCAAUCCAAUUGUGCAA